GAAGCAUAGGAUAUAUCUUCUUCUUUCAUAAACUACAGUUUCGUCUGUUCAUGUCUUUUUGAGCGUUGUUAGUUUUGACAGUGUUUUACAACAUUGAACUUCUGAAUCUCUUAGGUGACUUUUGAGAUAUUUCUGUCUCAUGCGUGUUAUUGCUUUGGCCUAGUUUAUUUUUCAUUAUCUGAAGAUUCUGUAAGGCUUAUUAGUGUUAAAAUAAUUUACCACUUGACUGAGUUUGAUAUUAUUUAUAUUGGUGUUGUUACUCGUUUCUUUGUCUGUCAAACUUUGAGUUCCAUAUAACAAUCAUAAAGGUUUGUAACUUUUUACAAAAGGGUUAAAACAGCUAGGGUAAGCCUUCUACAAAAAAAAUAUAAAAACAAGGAUAGCCUAGAACAAAGAGAUGAGAAGCAGAGUUAUUCAUAAGAUAUCAACUUCACAUAAUAAAAAGAGAUGGUCUCUGCAUUCAAGUUCCAAGUCACACAAGCAGCAAUUAGGAGAGGUGUUUAAACCCCAUAUUACCAUACGAAAGCGCGUCAGAAGUCUAUCCAGAGCCAGCCACAUAGUAUAAGAACAAUUAGGCAUAGAGACUUUGAACCACACAUUAGAGGUCCAUGGCUUCUCCUCCUCGCGUUGUCUAACAGACUCCCAUGUCUUCUUUGCCGAGAAAGAACUGAGAUCUUGAUCAUUUAUUCUCCAGCAGUAAGAAUCAUCAACAGAUCAAGUUCUGGUUCCAGAACAGACGUACUCAGCUUUUGUGUCUAAGAAAGGAUCGUGAUUCAUUGUUCUUGUGUAGGCUCAACAUGAGAGCAGAUAACAGUGCACUAAAAGCAGAGAACGAUAAGAUUAGAUGCGAGAACAUUGCCAUCAGAGAAGCUCUCAAGCAUGCUAUAUGCCCAAACUGUGGUGGUCCUCCUGUUAGUGAAGAUCCUUUUUUAGAUGAGCAAAAGCUUCGCAUGGAAAACGCACAUCUCAGAGAAAAGCUUGAAAGAAUGUCCACGGUUGCAUCAAAGUACAUGGGAAGACCAAUCUCUUCUGACAUCUCAACGCUACAUCCAAUGCACAUCUCCUCGUUGGAUCUGUCAAUGACUAGCUUAACUGGUCCUUCACUGGAUUUCGAUCUUCUUCUAGGAAGCUCUAUGUCUAGUAACUUUUCUACAUCGGACAUGGAUAAGCCUAUUAUGAACGACAUUGCUUUGACUGCUAUGCAAGAAUUACUCAGGCUUGUUCACACAAACAAGCCUCUGUCGAACAGAGCAGAUGGGUGCAGAGACGUUCUCAAUCUUGGAAGCUAUGAGAAUGUUUUCCCAAGUUCAAGUAACCGAGGGAAGAACCAUAACCAUAGAAUCAAGGCGUCUAGGUCUUAUGCUAUGAGAAUUUCAAUUGAUACCAAAAAGAGUUUUUGAGAAUACUAGGGCUAGUUGCAAUACUUCGAGAGACAUAUUUUAUGAAGCAAGUUUUCAUAAAUCAAUGAUCUAAUAACUACAAAUUUUAAAAGAUGACAAAAUCAAUAACUUU